GGGCGCUUGAGGAGGGAACGCAGGUCGCUUGUUUAGCGCCUGGUCGGGGGAGGGAAAAGCAAAUGAACCCCCACGAUGGCCUCAAGCGCGUUCAAAAGACGGCCGCAGGGCCGGCCCGGGAAGCUGUUUUUAGACCUGUUGGCCUAGGUGCUGAGCCAAUGGCAUUAGGAUCCCCUUCUUCACCAAAAACUGGUGCUCAGUUUCUGCCUGGAUUUCUGAUGGGUGAUUUGCCAACUCCAGUGACGCCACAACCUCGCUCCUUAAGCGGUCCUUCAGUUGGUGUAAUGGAAAUGAGAUCACCACUGCUUGCUGGUGGAUCUCCUCCACAGCCAAUAGUGCCAACACACAAAGAUAAAGGUGGUGCUCCUCCAGUUAGAAGUAUCUACGAUGAAGUAGCUAGCCCAGGUCUUGGAUCAACACCCUUGACUUCACGAAGGCCUGCCACUUUUUCUGUAAUACAGAGUCCAAAUGUUGGCUCUCUGCCAGUAACUCCUGGAACAGGGGCAAGUGUGUUUAGUCCAGCAAGCCUUGCACAACCUAGGAAAGCCACCAUGUCACCAGCUCAGCUAGAUCCAUUCUAUACUCAAGGAGAUGCUUUGACGUCAGAAGAUCAACUUGAUGACACCUGGGUAACAGUAUUUGGAUUUCCUCAAGCAUCUGCUUCAUAUAUCCUGCUACAGUUUGCACAGUAUGGAAACAUAUUAAAGCAUGUGAUGUCUAAUACAGGAAAUUGGAUGCAUAUCCGAUAUCAAUCAAAGUUACAGGCCCGGAAAGCCUUGAGCAAAGACGGAAGAAUUUUUGGUGAAUCUAUCAUGAUUGGAGUUAAACCUUGUAUUGAUAAAAAUGUGAUGGAAAAUAUGGAUAGAGGCACUGCAUCAUCCCCAACUUCAGUCUUCACACCUCCAAUGAAAUCGCUUGGUGCCCAAGUACAGCCUUCAAGCACUCAAAGGAUCUCCACCAUGAGACCUCUAGCUACUGCAUAUAAAGCAUCAAGUAGUGAUUACCAGGUAAUUUCUGACAGACAGACUCCAAGGAAAGAUGAAAGCAUUGUGUCCAAAGCUCUGGAAUACAUAUUUGGUUGGUAGUUGAGAGAAAUUAGGGUAAGCUUGGUUAGAACAUAAAAAAGAUUGCCAGCACUUCUGGUUAGUUGUAUAACCAUUUGUGAUAGUAUAUCAUACAUCAGAUCUGCCUUAUAAAACUUUGGCACAAAGUUAUUUGCACUUUAAUCCACAGCUGGAUUUAUACUUGACUCGGAUGUUAAACAGUUGCAAUCAAUGUUAAUCUUAUUUCUAUAGUGACUGCAUGAUACAGCCCAAAAUGGACAGGUAUACAAUAUGUGAGUCUUUCAGGACAUGCUAAUACCAUCCAUAAUUUUCCAGCGGCAUGAUUUUCUUUCUACUUCAGGAAAUACGGUAUUUCUUGCUGCAAGAUACGCUCAUGGACAUUAUUGUACAAAAAGACUGGGAUAGGUUUUGUCAAUUUUAAAUCAAACAUUCUAAUUUGAAAGUUGUUCUAAAUAUAAUCAGCCUUUAAAAGAACUUCGGACAAAUUGAUUCUAAUUUGGAAGGUGUUCAUUUUUUAAUCUAAAUAAAAAUUGUGGUGCUAUUGUUUUCUGAGCUGAUGGUGGUUUUUAUAAGUUAUCCAAACAUACCAUCGAUGUAUACAGAUACCACUACCAAUGUUGUUGUGUGGCUUUUUGUGCAUUGGGGCACAUUCAAUUGCACAGAUAUUUUUACAUUUAAAUGCUUUUAUGUGAUGACAAAUGCAUACACUCCUUUAUCCAAUAUCUAGAGCUUAUUUGGAAGCCUAAGUUUCAUUCUGACACAAUUCUUCUUCCAGGUAUUAUGGCACGCUGAUCAAUAUCCAAAUUUGCAUUUCCCCAUCCUAUAGUAUUUUUGCCUCCAGUGCCUCUAAAAUACACACCAGGAGUUCUCAUCCGUUUGGAGGAGUUUUUGGAGGGACAGUAGAAUAUAUUUUGCUGAUACUGUUCCGUAGGUGGGAAGAUGCUUAUGGGAUACCACCCCAAAUGAUCUAAAUGCUACUGUAUCAUUAAAUAUGCCUCCAUUAUGUUCUGCAGUUGGCAUAGGAACGACUCAUUUAUAUACAUUAUUCUUGUCUUUAAAAUACGGAAGAAUAGCUAAACAAACCAACAUUAAAUACACCCUGCUGAAUUUUGAACUUGCAUCACUAUCUGGAAUCUUAAAUAAAAUAUGCAAUGUUAAUUUAUUUUAUACCUCAACAUUAUACCAUCGACAGAGUUCUCAAGAGUCUACCGGUGCAUCGUGUGCAAGUCACUGACAACUGCUAAACACUUCCUCCCUUCCUGCAGUUUUUAACAAUGCACUAUUUUCAAUAGAUUAGUCAAACUCUUGGUAUAGAAUAGAUAGAUUAAACAUGAAGAAUAAUAGUACAGAUCCCUUUGGCUGAAUGCCUGUCUUUGUAGCAGAUCUUAAUUUCGCCAUAUUAGCAUUUUUUAAGUACAAACACUGAUUUACUACAUUUAUAUCCACUUUUUUUCCUAGAAACGUUAGCAGUUUUUAUCCUUUAUAUUCUUGCAGCAGUAACUCUGGGAAGUAGAUUGGACUGAGAAAGAGUAACUGGCCCUAAGUCAUCCCAAGGGUUCCCUGGACAGAUUAGAAUUGUACUUGGGUCUCCAGUCCAGUAUUAUAACCACUGCACCAUACUGAGUCCUGUUUGAUGCUGCUGAGCUGGAAUUCAUUAGUAAACAUAAGUUUGAAAAUUUUGAUUCAGCAGAUAGGAGGCUACUGAAAGAGGAGGUAAAAAAGGUCUAAAGAUAAUGUCAGAAAACAAUUAUUCUCUGUUUAUAUUGUUCAUUUUCAUCACGAAUAUAUACUUCCAUGCUGACUGGAUCUUGUUCGUUUUUGCAUGCUGUAUCUACUACAGUAUUUUUUUAAAAAAAUGUUGUUUGGUCUCUUGUAAAAAUGAAUACAUUUGUUUUGUUCUUGAGAGAGACAGACACCAACCCACUCCACGUAUGGACAUUUAUGCCAAAAUAAAAGAUGUUAACCAAAAUAAAUACUACCUUAUUC